AUGGGCGAUUCUCAGUCAGCUAGGAGGCGGAGAUCGAGCAGCAUCCUUCAGAUAUAUCAGGAACCGCAAGAGCCGAUAGAGCAGCUGAACGAUCAGUCCACUCUCCCGAAUCUCAAUGCGAACUGGGUCAACGCUAAAGGGGCGUGGACCAUCCACAUUGUUCUGAUCGUUGCGCUCAAGAUUCUCUGGGAUGUUAUACCCGGUGUUUCCCAGGAGACGUCCUGGACUUUAACCAAUAUUUCCUACAUGUUCGGCUCCUACAUUAUGUUCCACUACGUUCGCGGCGUACCUUUCGACUUCAACAGUGGCGCAUAUGACAACUUAAAUAUGUGGGAACAAAUCGACGAUGGCGCACAGUACACCCCCGCCAAGAAAUUCUUGCUUAGCGUCCCUAUUGUGCUCUUCCUCCUAAGUACCCAUUAUACCCAUUACGACCUCACGUAUUUCACCAUCAACUUUCUAGCUGUGCUAGGAGUAGUCAUACCGAAACUACCUUUUAGUCACCGCAUGAGAGUCGGCCUAUUUUCCGGUGUGCCAGAAGAGUAA